UCACUCGUAUACAUAAAAAUAAGUACAUAUUCGUGUUUGAAGUGUGUUUUCAUCAGUUUGUUUUCAAAUAGUUUGUACGUUUCGUUAAAAUGCAAGCUUUUAUUGGUGGUAAUCAGAAACCUAAAAUUGGAAAUUUAAACAUGUCAGGUUGGCACCCAUCUCUCGUGCCGCCAGGGCUCGGAGAAGGAAGCAGCAGCUUUGCGUCUAGCAUGGCGGAAACCGCCUCUAUACCGCAAAGUCCGAAAUAUAUGUGUAAACGAAGAAGGCUCUCUCAACUGCUUGAUAAACUUGCCGUGCAAAUACGAAACAACAACCAUUACCCGCCACCACACUGGCUCACGUUGAACUCUUACAAGACGGAUACGCCAGACGAUGCACCUCUCGAUCUGUCUUUGAAGUCGGAAACACAGAAAGUUACCAAGGAGGCGCCCGGGCACAUUUGCAAUACUUGCGGCCAAACAUUCUCCGUCUACGAUCGUCUGGCCAAACAUUUCGCUUCUCGACACAGGGAUAAGGCGGCGGACGUGGUGCGUGCUUACGAGUGCGAGAUAUGCAGCCGACGUUUCGCUCGCUCCGACAUGCUGACGCGGCACGCGCGCUUGCACAGCGGCGUAAAGCCGUACUCUUGCUCUGCUUGCGGUCAGGUGUUCUCCCGCUCGGACCACCUGGCAACGCACCAGCGCACGCACACAGGUGAGAAGCCGUACCGGUGUCCGGCGUGUCCGUACGCGGCGUGUCGUCGCGACAUGAUCACCCGACACAUGCGGACCCAUACGCGGCGCCCGACACCUACUGAGAUUUAAGCCGUAACUGACACGAUCGAGAAUGAGGUGCAGAUGAAAAUUAAUUGACAGUUUGUUUCGUUAUUUGGUUAUACUGUUAUAGUUGACAUUGACUGUGUUUUAUUAGUUUUUAUUAGUUAAGUAGUUAGAUAUUUAGUUAUGUAUUAUUAAGAGGUUUUUGUUUACUUAAUUAUUAUCUAAUUGUAAUUAUAUGAUUCGCUUACUGUGUUAGGUAUUUUAUUGUAACGAAGCAUUAAGUAUUUUGUACCUGUUCAGUUUUUCAGUUCGUGAAUAUAAUCAACCCCUAAAAGGUUGAACUAUUGAGGCUACUACAAUGGUGAAAUACUUAUAUUAAAUAUACACUAGUAAAACUAGUGAAAAUAAUUCUAUUGCCAUUUUAUAUAAUUAUAUUAAAUUAUUUUUUUAAAUCGAUUUUUUAUUUGUGACAACUAAGGUACACAUAGCCCUGAAGAGACAAUAAAUAGUAGGUAUGAGUGUACGUGUAUAUAUAUUCUUAGGUGUAUAUUUGUGUUCUUGUUUAAUAGGAUAAGUCUCGUUUAAAGAGCGCGAGCGAGACACUAGGUAUAUUACUAUAUAUACUCGUCUAAUUACCUACCUACCAUAGCAAAUAACGAUAAUAUCAUAUCCUGUUUACAUUAAUCUUGCUAAUUCAGAUUUGUUUAAUGUUUUUGUUUCAAGGAAUGCAACGAGUGUGUACCUACCUUAUAAGAGACCAUUGUCCUGCUUAACUAAUACAUAAUAUUCUAUGUGCGAUUGUUUUUGCAUAAGUGCGAAUUUAUUUAUUGAUAAAAAUGUAAUUUGUACACUUUGUCUAUGCGAUGUAUCUUAUGUUGUGCUUAACUUUUUAACUUUUAAGUUUUCAUAAAUUGUUUUACCUCAUUGUUAAACAUUAUGUGUUAAUUUUGUGUAUUAUUUAUAUAGGACAUAAUUAUAUUUGUUUAGGUAUUAUAUAUGAUACUUACUAUAUUUGUUAAAUUCAAUCAGACCAUUAUUUUCAAUCCAGGAUGUUGGUUCGUUAUCUGCUAUUAUGUGAGCAAAUUAUUCUAUUUUCCCCGCUGGGUAAAUAUAGCUGUCGGGGUGGGAUAUGAAAUUAACCUUCGGGUGCUCCCGUGGUGCCCAUAGGGGAAAGCGAGCAGUGCAUUCGCCCCGGGCAUCGGCCUCUAGUUGAGAUCGCUUAACAACCUAGGUAGAUUUUAAAUCUUUGAACAUUUUUCUUGGUAAUAUGCCAUUGACACUCAAAGCAUUAGUUGGUUAAACUGUUUUCACUGAAAAGUUAUAAUUUACCUUGUGCGGUGUUUAAAUACAGAUUGGGGAUUUUAAAUGCAUCUUUUAAAUUCUGGUCUCAUUGAAUUAUGAUCGAUCAGCGUGUAGCGAAAUACUCACGAUGCACUUGAUCGAACUCGUGGUAUCGCAACACUGUUUUGAUUUUUGUCGGGAAUCGAAGAGGACGCUAGAGAAUAUUAUGGCGGAAUCCUGAUAUGCGCCAUUAUACCUUCGCCUGCAUAUCGAAAGCCGCUGCAUACCGACGCAUGCUGUGGGGUAUACGCUGACUUUCGCGGUAAAACAAAGGAUUUUCUUCUUGAGCGGAUGACUGAAUCUUCGAUGCUCUCCCCAGUCGUUUGCCAGUUUGCGCAGGCGUUCAUGAAGGUACCUAGCCUAUAAAUUGUUAAACGUUUUGCGCGCCUUAUAAAAGGCGGCAAAGCGCAAGAUUGGAUAGAAGCAGACGUUACUUUGCGGAAGUUCAUCAUGAUUAUAUAAUGAUUUAUUUAUUUUGCUAUCAUCCGCGUAAAGUCGACGAACCCAUGCGACAAAGUCACCCAGGUCCGACAAAAUACUCUCUACGUACGUUUCACCCUGAAACCGGAGCAUCCUCAGGAGAUGUUGACUCUACAACGCAAUUGCACGUUGUAGAGUCAACACCUCCUGAGUAUUUUGUCAGACCUGGGUGACGUCGUCGCAUGGGUUCGUCGACUUUUCGCGGAUGAUAGCAAAAUAAAUAAAUGAUUAUAUAAAGCGCAGGACGUUGAAUAAGUAAUACUACAUACCUUUUAAUUUAGCAGGGAAUAUUUCUAUAAUUUGUCAAUAAUAGUUUUUUAAAAUAAGGUUAACUCGAGGUAAUGACAGCUUCGCAAAGAUUUAGAUAGGUAUGUCUAGAGCAAUUAUCCUCGAUAUUAGUUCCUGUGUGAAUCUUGUCUGAACAUAAAACUAUAUUGAUUUUUAGGUAUUAAUCAAUUAAUUAGUAGAUGAGUAUAAUUGCGGAAUUUUCAAUAAUUGGUUUCAAUUGUCUACAUUUUGUACCAUAGCUCUCUUAGGUAGAUAAUUCUAUCAUUAUAAUGUUGAAAAUUUAUAAAAUAAGAUAUCAGCUAACCGGCAACGGCUAAUAUUGUUGCAUUGGAUGUUUCACCCGCGAAUAUAUUGUUUUGAUUUUUAUUUGUAAAAUAAAAUCAUCUUCAUUGGCA